AGUACACAGUAUGCGUUAUUCGUGUCGGCUGCGGAAUAUUUAGGACUGUGUUGACAGAUCAGAGGCAAUCAGUGAAGAUGAGUGACUGUAAUUUUUUAUUUAGUUUAUCUAGACACGGGUUAUCUUUUGCGUGAAUUUGGUGCGUUGUUUUGGCACACGAGGACUGAAACGCAAUUACUUCACGAAGGACAGUGAAAUUGCCGACGAAAUAACCUUUGAUAUGGAGAAGAUGCGCCCCACUUGAACGAUCUCGAACAAUGGGCGAUCCAGUAAGAAAUGUACUGAACGCAUUAUAGACAAUAUUAACUUUAAAAAUAUGAGCUAGCGACAUCUAACGAAUAUGGAUAAAAAUAAAAAGAAGAACCACGCCAAUGGGAAAUAUAAGAAAAAUGGUAAAGACUACAGGGUCGACGAUGACAUUGUUACAUGCUGUCUUUGCGUCAAGACGAAGAAGAGUAAAAAGAAGAAUUUAGUAGCUGGUUGCGUCACCAACUUAGGUAUCUUCGUUCUUCUCCUAGCUUACACGUUGCUAGGUGCCUUCAUCUUCUUGGCCAUAGAGGGAACAGCAGCAAAGGUACACCAAAAGACACUAGCCACGACGUUAUACCAAGCGGAGAUUCAGAAGACUGCUCCUGUGGCGAAGCUAAACGGGAGUAUUGCACAAGCAAGUGCCGAAUUGAGAUCCCAAACAGUUGAGAGUAUUUGGGAGAUCACUGUGUCAUUAAACAUCCUUUAUAAGGAGAACUGGACGAGGCUGGCUGCCCAGGAGAUAGCCAGGUUUCAAGAAAAGUUAGUUGCAAGAGUGGCGGCUGAUGUAUCAGCGCAAUAUGGAGGAGCAAGGGCCUUGGAGUCGGCACCCGCGUUGGUCAUCGAAGACUACGAAUGGAAUUUCGCAAAAGCCUUCCUUUAUUCCCUGACGGUCUUGACCACUAUAGGGUACGGCAGUGUCGCACCAAAGACGGCUCUUGGAAAAGCGGUUACAAUAGGAUAUGCAGUUAUAGGCAUACCACUCACACUCCUUUACCUCUCUGUGGUCGGGGCACUUCUCUCAAGGCUCGCUCGAAGCGUGUUCAGCAGAGCCUUAUGUUGCUGUCUAUGCACAAAAUGUGGAUACUGCUGCCUUGAUGAGAGAACCAUGGCUAGUAAAGAACGAAAGGAAAAAGUCAGAAGACAAGAUGAUUAUCGAACUCAAACCCUUCAUCUUCAAGAACCAUACUACGUCCGGUCUCCAUCGGGAACAAUAAUAUCAGCGUCUCAAGCGCACAGUGUCAGCACAACUUCUAUCAAAGACAAAACUCAAGGUCUGGGCUUCCUCAGAGAUUGUGACUCUAUGAGCUGCACAGAUACAGACUCUAAAGUCUCUUUGCGUGGGUUCUCGAUCCUUGCACCAGUGUCUCUAUGUCUCGCUGCGAUAUUCACGUAUAUAUUUUUUGGAGCUCUGAUCUUGUACCAGUUGGAAGGCUGGAGUCCAAUAGAUGGAGUUUAUUUCUGCUUUAUGAGUCUAAGCACUAUUGGCUUCGGGCAUCUCGCUCCAGGCGCUACACAGAAGAACGGAGCUUCAACUGGAACUGUCUGGUUCUGCUCCAUCUAUAUCAUGACUGGACUGGCCCUUACUGCCAUGUGUUUCAACGUCCUCCACGACGAAAUUGUCCAUCGCCUGAGGCAUCAUGAGAAGAUUUUAAAGGCCAACCAGAAAGUUUUAACCCCAGAGUUUCUACGCAGGUCUUGACGAGACGAUAGUGGUAACUUGAGUGAUGAUACGAUGUUGUCCGAAGGAGAAUCACUGCCAGAGGUGUUGAACCAUGUUUCUGGGACGAGGUUUGAGAGAGGAGCAGUUAGAAGGUCUGUUUAUACGGUAAGAGAAGAGAAAGAGCCGGAAAGAGUUACUCCAAUGUAAUUUAUAGUAUGUAGAUUGUAAUACAGGUUAUAAUGUAAAGUAAGGCACCAAGUUUUGGGAAGAGCAGAAGAGUAAUUUCGUAAUAUUACUUUACUGUUUCAUAGUGUAUCAAAAAUAGCGGUGUGUAUGCGUCAUAAAAGACUUUUGGAGAAAGAAGUCAGGAAUUGUAUGGCUGUUUAUAUUGCUGUAGUCGUUACU